AUGGCAUACAGAGUACAGUUACCCCCGAGGUUACCCAUACACUCAGUAUUCCACAUAUCAUUAUUGAAGAGAUACAAAGCCAAUCAAAAAAAUCCGGUAAGGAACAAUGGCAUGCAACAACCUCCAUCGGCUAGAACAACCUUUCGAAGAGAAAUAAGUGAUAUCUUGGCCACAUGUUCACCAAUGGAGGUGGUCACCACAAUGUGCACAAGCACACCGACUUCCUCAUAUGAUGGGAAGGGGACCCACGGGAAGCAGCAACGUGGCACCAUGAGAAGGACCCAACGAGGAUGUUAG